UUACCAGAAAAUAUCAAUGGUGUUUCGAAUUCAAGAUCGUCAACUAAGGAUGGUCUGGUUGAUGAGGAUUCAAAUUUGAUGGUUAAACUAAAAUUCCUGACCUAUAAGAUAAGGACGGUUUUAAUUCGAAAUGGCCUGUCCACCCUCUUCAAAGAUGGCCUGUCCUUCAAAGAUGGCCUGUCUGCCUACAGAACGUACUACCUGAGGCAAAUGGAGAUCUGGGGAACAUCGGCAAGUAAGCAAAAAGAACUUGCCAAAAUGUUGGACGAAUGUAUGCGAAGCGCAGCACCGCAAACCGGGCUUUGGUAGGGGCUGCCGGGGGCUUGGUUCAAACAGAAGAUGUCCUGGCCAUACUCGAUGCACGAAGAGACGAAGAGGGUGACCUUAGUAAGGCAGAACGUGGGGCAGCUCCUUCUAGUUAGCACUGGCCAGGGACAAGCUUGAGAGUCUAGACGCAGUUGGAGAGGUAGCACCAAGCUCGCGGAAUAGCGUGGCCAGUAUAGAAUCUGAGCUUCAGGUGCGAAAAAUAGAAGAAAGAAAAUUGGGCCGUCUCAGAUGGGAGAUGAGUGUGGCAGCACAAAUUCUGGUAGAGGGAUCUGUUCCCACUCCACGAAACACUACCCUACUAACAGAUAGAUAUAAAACAUGACUUUUGUGGUAACGACCUAAGUCUUAUCUGUUUUCAAAUCUGCACAAUGUUGAUUACAUGGCAACCCCUUCAAGACUGUCAGUAUUUGAUUACAUGAGAAACUUAAGACAUCCCCUCCAAGCACAACCAAAUAUACUCCUCUCUCCGGUCCAUAUUAGCUUGAUCUUCAUAACCAAGUAACACAGUGAUCGGUGAUGAUAAAAGUAAAACAACGCAAGGAUAAUUCAUCUACGUAGCUAGUUGGUUAUGGUGGUGGAGAAGCCCCUCUUAGCUAGAUUGGGCUCCUUUACUACUUUAUUUAACCCGGGGUUAUGCCUAAAACCGGUAUCUUAUGACCAUAUGUCUGGAUAAAUAGGGAAGACUCCAACAGUUAAACAUGAAAAAAAAACUACUAUUCCCUUUAUACAAACUGUUCUGCAUUAAAAUUAAAUAUCAACAUUAAGCUUAUCGGACAAUACUCACUCACAUCUGAAUCAGCCGGUGAAAAUGGAUUUCAACAAUGUAUUCCAUUUUCUGGUCCACUCCGAUACACAUACAUGCAUAUCAAGUGAUACACAACAUGAGAUGAUCAUUUUUAAGACUGACUAUUAAAUACAAAAUGAUCACUGCACAACAGGCAUUGCUAUUAAAAAUUUCAUUAGCUCAACUUCUUGAUGGUACAUGACAUAAUACUAUUCAGUUGAGCUUCAUGUGCAGCGAGAGAUGGCACCAAACAAAUACAAUUCAUUUGAGCACACACAUGUCUGUGUAGGUGUAUGCUCAACAAAAGAAUUACAAUUAUCUUGCCGAAAAUUGAGUUUUUCAUGGAUGCAAGAUUUUUUUUGGGUUCUUUAUUAAUCUAGCAACAGUCUGUAAACAUCACCAGCCAUCCAAAACAUUGUAAAUCACAUUCCAUAUCAAAGAUAAAAGAAUAACUUUCCUCAGCACCAUACUGCCCUCAAUCUCCUUUUUUUAUUGGCGAACUCACCCUCAUGUUAAACAGAAAUUUCUCUUGCGCAAACAUCACAAUCUAAGAACCAUCUUCCUUGUUAAGAAGUCAUCAACCUAGUGAAGGGUGACCAACACACAUAGCCUGGAGCGCGACGUGGCCUGCAGUUCAAUGUUUGAUUGAGCACAACACGCUGGAGGAGGCAGCCAAUAGCUGAGCAGCAGGAGCCUGGAGUGAAGUAUCAGAUGUAGAAACUGAAUUUGUAUUUGUGAAGAAUCUAGAACUCAGAUUCAAAUGGGUGUAAAUCAAGGUUCUCUAUUUAAGAUGCUUGUCAAAUUGCGAGGAGAAUACUCGCUGAUGAUCUAGGCUAGCUGAUGUUCUUCAGUUGUGCACCUGAGGUAGUGUGGUAUUUUUUUUUAACACAAGGUAGUGAGGAAUUUAAACUCUCUCUUUUCUGCCAAUAUAAAGCGCCACGAGAUGCUGCAACCAGCCGUCGCAAUUGCUAGGACCGGUGUCUUCAUUUGCUGGAACCAGCUUUCUUCAUCGGUGGUGACCAUGGCAACCGUGGGACGACAUUGUUGCCUCUCCUUUUUUUUUGCUAGAAUUAGCGGCAAGGCUGGAACCAUUGCCGGAAAAAGCUUCAACCUCCCAUCAGCAAUGCUGGAACCGAUGUUAGGUGAAGUCGCGACCAACACCGACGGCAAACUGUCAAGGGCGGCACCGCAAAAUACCGGCGGUAGACGAGCUGCAACCGAUAGUGCCAUAUGCUGCAACGGGCUGAGCAUAGAGCUGCUACAGAAGAAGUUGAAAGCUAGAACCGGAUUAAUUAAUUAAAAAGCUGGAACCUACAAGGAUGUUGGAACCAAGAGACCAAAAAUGCUUCUACCGUCAUAUGUUUUUGCUGGAACCAGAGGUUGGGGGUUGCGAGCACACACAUCGUCUCCGGGGAUGCUGCAACAGAGGUUGGGGAAGCAGUUCUCGUGGCAGGCGACCCCGCGGUGCUACCAUGGAUGCAACAUGGGAGCAGGACAAAAAACUGCUGCUUCGACGUUAUUUUUUUGCUGCAACAUGGCGAGCGCCGGCGGCGAGUAUCAGCAGCAAACGUUGACGGCAAGUCAAAACGGGCAGGGCAGGAAUGCGCGCUGCGACGGGGGACGGGCGGCUGCCAUGUAUUCUGUUUUGUUGGGGAGAGAUAACCGAGAGGGAUCGAACGGUUAGAUGCUGCCAAAUCGGACGCACGCGCGGUGACCGCCCAAAUUUGGGUCGGCUGACCGGCGCCUAUCACUGGCCAUAUAAAGAGCAGUGCUCCUGCCAAUAUUUUGGAAAAAAAAGGAUAAAAAUAAUUUGGGAGCAAGUCAUGGAUGUUGUCCAUGUGUGAGCAUAUCAAUGGAUUGGAAAUCAUGGUAAUAUUAUGCAGGUGGAAAAGAGACCAAUCAACUAUUAAACUGAAUUAAACUGUGGCGCAGAAUUAAACUGAAUUUUGAGAGCAGAUCAAUGAUGUCGUCAAUCUGUGAGCCUAUCACUAAACAGCUAGAAAGCAUUGUGAGAUUAACUAAAUUGAAUUGAAGUGAACUAUGAGCUGUAUCACUAGAUUAAAAUCACUGUAAUAUAUAAUGCAUGAAGCAAAAGAGAUCAACUAAACUGAACUGAGGUGAACUAUGGCCCAGAACUAAACACAUAACAUUACAGAAUGGAAACUGUGCCGGUUUGGAUCUCUCAAGUUAGAGAUAAUAAGGCUAUUAAUUAAAACCUAUUAAAGUUAUUAAAACCUUACAAAUCUUCUAUGGAAAGCACUUAAAACCUUACGCAAAAAGAAAAGAAAGCUAUUAAAACCUCACAUAAAUUCUAUGGAAAGCUAUUAAAACCUUACGCAAAAAGAAAAGGAAGCUACUAUUGAACCAUAUCAAAAUCGAUUAACUCAUGUCAAGAAAAGCAAAAUCUAAGGAUGUAUAAAAUGAAACAAAUUCCUUCUCCCCCAUGCGUCUGGCAAUGGAUAAUUCUCUCAUGAAAGCUCUGCCCUUCUCAUCCGCCUGGCUGCCGGGGGAUCGCUGGCCGGAGACGUGCCUCCGCCUGCCUCUGCUGCUGCUCCUCCUCCCAGUAACUCUCAUUAUCCUUCUCCUCUUCUUCCCCUCCUCCCCACCCCUGCCCCCGCCGCACCCCAACAUCCCCUGCGGCGCCGCCCCCGCCGACGCCACCGCCGGCCGCUGGGUCCCGACCCCAUCUCCCCCGCCGCCUCCCCUCUACAACCAGUCCUGCCCCUUCCACCGCAAAAGCUGGAACUGCCUCCGCAACGGCCGUCCACCGGUCGCCGCGUUCUCCUGGGCCCCCUCCCGCUGCGGCUCCGGCGCCGUCGUCCCGAGGGUCGACCCCGCCGCUUUCCUCGCGGCGGCCAGGGGGCGCCGGAUCGGGUUCGUGGGGGACUCGCUGUCGGAGAACAUGGCCAUCGCGCUGCUCUGCGCGCUCCGGUCGGGCGACGCCGGCGUGCGGGACUGGAAGCGGCGCGGCGCGUGGCGGGGUGGUCACUUCCCCCGGGAGGACGUCGUCGUCGGGUACCACCGCGCCGUGCUCCUCGCCAAGUACACGUGGCAGCCUGUAGAGAAUUCUGAACCUCGGAAGGACGGAAUAAAGGGAACUUACAGAGUUGAUGUCGACAUUCCUGCUGACGAUUGGAUAAAUAUCACCAAGUUUUAUGACGUGCUCAUUUUCAACACUGGACACUGGUGGGGUUCGUAUAAAUUCCCAAAAGAGACCCCCCUUGUUUUCUACCGAGGAGGAAAACCAAUUGAGCCUCCACUCAGCAUCUUUGAUGGGCUGAAGGUAGCCCUCAAAAGUAUGGGCUCCUACAUCAAAAGGGAGGUCCCCGGUAAAACCCUGAAGCUGUGGCGCACACAGUCACCCAGGCACUUUGAUGGAGGUGAAUGGAAUCACAACGGCAGCUGCGUGUCUAACAGGCUCCUACAACAACAUGAGCUCGAUUCCUGGUUCGAUCCGAGGUUUGGGGGAGUGAACAAAGACGCGAGACUGGUGAACUCAUUGCUCCAGGAAGCGCUAGUCGAGACGGACAUCCAGCUGCUCAACCUGACCUACAUGAGCGAGUUCCGCGCCGACGACCAUCCGGCUGUCUGGCUCGAGAAGAAGGAUGAGGCGGCUGUCUGGGGGCAGGACUGCAUGCACUGGUGCCUGCCCGGCGUACCGGACACGUGGGUCGACAUCUUGGCGGCAAGGAUCUUGCUCUACUUCAAGCAGGGCAAAGGUUGAUGCCGCGUCACAUCGAAGCUCGGAUUAUGAUCAUGACUGCCCCGUGGAUGUUCUGUUGUUACCAAGGGCAUGCUGAGCUUGGUAAUUGGAACAACAUGAACCCAGAUGUUCAUCCUAAAGCUAAGUUAGGGAGAGAUGAGAUCAUUC